GAAAUGUUUGUUCAGCCCUAUUUGAGAGGUACAGUUUCCUGGUAGUGCAGAUAAGGUGUACCUGUCUGUGUAGGCUGCCAAUACCCGAGGUGUGACCCAAUCGUCUUGGUAUACCUGUGUGUAGGUUGCUCAUAACCGAAGUGUGACCCAGACGUGAUAGUAUACCUGUGUGUUAGGGAGGUUUGACCCAGUCAUCCCUGUGUACCUGUGUGUAAGGAAGAUGUGAACUAAUCAUUCAAGUGUAUCUGUGUAUAAGGUUCCUUAAACCCGAGGUGUGACCCCACCGUCUUAGUGUCCUAUCAAUACAACUGCGGGCAUGUAUUUUUUCAUCAUCGGCGUUGCUGUAUCGAUGCUUGAUUAUCCAGUAUCGGGCCAAAACGCCAGCUGUAAUUCCCAGAACUGUAUAGUGAACAUAGCAACGAGUAACUUUACAUCUGGGGACAACAAAAGCUACACCAUCAGCGGCCAGUCAGCCUGGGUUACUGAUGGUUUGACGUCAGGGCCGUGUGCAUCAGUCUCGUCCCUAUAUCCGGCAUGGAAGGCUGAGUUUGGACAGAACAGGACAGUCAGCAGGAUCAAGAUAUUCUUGGAAGGUCAACAGGGUGACAUACAUGUGUUUGUAGGCAACAGAGUAUGUCACACUCCGGCCUCCAACUACACAUGGAUGCCUGAGUAUACCCUUGUCUGUCAGGUACCCGUGACGGGGGACUACCUCCUCAUGUAUCGUGCACCUACAGGAGGGAUGCUGAAUCUAACUCUCUGUGAGGUGGAAAUAUACGCGACGCCUUCUCCAGCAACUACUACCCACGGACCAUCUUCCACAACUAUCUCCUCCACGCCAGCGAUAGCGUCAUCUACUGGUGAAUCAGCAAGGGACGCCAUUGCAACACCGACGAUCACCCUGGACACAGCUUCCACAACUAUCUCCUCCACGCCAUCGACAGUGUCACCCGCUUAUGAAUCCACCAGUGACGCCAUCCCAACUCCAACGACCACUCUGGACACAGCUACCACAUAUACUCACCUUGAGGCAGGCACACCAGCGAUGUCGCCUUAUGAAAACAGUCAAACAGAAGCUACAAAGUCUCUUUACUUUACACCUUCUUCUGAACUAUACCAGUCAUAUCCUAGCCAUGUUGUAGCUCCUAGUCCCACAGUCUCUCCCGAUACCGCAUCUAUUCCGACUUCUGCCAUGAGCUCGAGUCCAACAAACAGACAGAAUUCUUUCACUUGGCCAGGCUAUAGCCUGUCAUCCUCUCAAGGUUCAAGCUCCAUGUCUCGUUCAACAACAGUUACUAUCAACUCGAAUCCAACAGAUUCCCAAAGUCCUACGGCUAGCCUCACAUCGCUAAUGAGUGAUGCCAUUGAACCUACUACCCUUCACCUGUCAUCCCCGAACCUCAGCGCCACAACCACACACAGUUCUCUAAACGUCCAACCAUUCCGUUCUACACCCACACUUGCAGUCCUUACCACCACGGCAGUCAUCUCGAACUCUGCAACAUUGAGUAACCAUGAUAUCACUCUGGCGACCAACGAAGCCUCUACACCGUACACAACAUUUCAAAACGUGAGCAUCCACCCAUCAACGGACGUGCUGACCACAACGGUAUCUAUGAGUCCUACAUCAGCAACAACUACAACCGCGAACUCUGCUUCAGAGACCAACAUCCCAGCGACCUCAACCGGAUCAGUAACUCCCACACCAGUGACCUCGAAGACCACAUUGACUACCAUCUUAACGUCAAACGGUGGUACCCCGACAACGACGUCUACAAAACCAGCUACAGAUGGAACUACGCCAAACGUUGGACAGGUGUCUGGAACCAGCGCUCCAAAGGCAGCAAAUAUGAACAUUGUCGUGAUAGUCGCAACAGUUGGAGGGUGUGUGGUGCUGCUGUACAUUGCUGGAAUGACUGUAUUAGUGUUGAGACAAAAUCGAAAGGACGUAUAUAGACCGGGGCAGGCAGAAUGAGACAUUGGUGCCUCGUGAACAGGGGUGUCAUGAUAUCAAUGACACAGGAAGGUAAUCAGUUGGAAGUACACUAUUUCUACUGGUGAAAAACAACUCUUAAGAAAUCGGCCUUUUGGGGGUUCUUCUGUCAGUUUUGUAUGUUUCUUUGCUUGUGUUGUGUUUAACGUCGUGCACUCACAGCUGUAUUACGAUGGUCUGUAAAUAAUCGAGUCUGGACCAGACAAUCCAGUGAUAGACGUCAUGAACAGUGAUCGACGCAGUUGGGAUACGAUGACGUGCAUCAACCAAGUCAGCGAGCCUGACCACCCGAUCCCGUCAGCCGCCUCUUACCAUUGGUUGCUGAAGACCUCUUCUAACCCGAAUCUUUACAGCGAUCGUGUGUCUGCUUGGAACUUUUCGUCAGUCAUUAAUGCCAGUGAACAUUACGCUUCUUUAAGUUGAAUAAGUAACAAGUAGGUAAGCUGGUUAUAUGCAUUUCCCCAACUUGUAAGAAUGCUGCUGAGUAAUUUGUUACAAAUAUUGCCGAGGGGAAAUUACGAGAUUUAUUUGUUCAAGUUUGAGGGCAUGUGUAGUGAAACACGGGUAGGAAUCGCCCGCCAUGGAAUAUGGUAGCUGUUGGGUGACUACGUGUUGGUCAAUCUGGUACAGAAUGCUAUGUUACUAAGUACACAUAGAUCGCCAGUAAUGAUUGCGAGAUAUACAUGGUGCUAAUUUAAAGUUAUAUGAUUAUGCAUAUAGCAUUGUCACAAAUUUGUAUUUUAAAUGUACAGAAUGUUUUGGACGUAGUUUUUGGAAUAAAGAUCAUGUUUUACGA